GUCCUCAUCCCCAAAGGGGGGGUCCCCAUCUCCGGGCUCCCCCCAUUGCCCUGUGCCCCCCCCAGGCCGUGCCGUGCCCAUGGAGGAGGAGGAGAAGCCGCGGCCCCCGGGGGGGCGGGAGGAGCCACCGGAGGAGGGGGGGGGACCCGGGGGGGCCCCCCCAGAGCCCGAGGGGCCGCUGCGGCCCGGCCAGGCCCUGGUGAAGGCUCUGCAGCGAGUGGUGAGCGGCGCCCUCCAAGGCUGGGCCCUGGCUGAAGAGCCCAUGAGGAAGAGGUCGGUUCGGUGCUGGGGACCCCACGCCGAGGCCUGGGAGGCGCCGGGGGGGCCCCAGCUCCCGCAGGGCUGCGCGGCCUCGCUGCGGGCCCAGCUCUUCCUGGCCUCUGGAAUUGGGGGGGAGGCCGAGGCCCCCCCCCGAGGAGCUGGAGCUGGUGGCCGAGGUGCGGGUGGGGGGCAGCGGGGCCCUGGCGGCCGCCUCCCGCCUCCUGCAGCCCGGCCCGGCCCGGCGGCGCCACAAAGGCCACCUCCCCGGCUCCUCCUCUCGCCGCUGGCGCAUCCCGGGGGGUGCCCCCCCGUGCCCCCCCCCCGUGUCCCCCCCCCUCCGCUCAUCCCCCCCCUCUCAUCCCCCCCCCGUUCCCCCCACCCCGCCCCCGCCGCACCCCCCCUCCCCAAACCACCGCAGCAGCAGCAGCGCCCCCCCCCGAACCUGCCCCCCCCGGCCCCGCGGCAGGAGCCGGCGCGGAGCCACCCCCCCGAUUCCUCUUCCUCUUCCUCCUCUUCCCGCUCUUCCUCCUCUUCCUCUUCCUCCUCUUCCUCCUCCUCGUCCUCUUCCGGCGCCCCCCCCCCGGCCACGUUCCGGCCCCAUUCCCCAAUCCUGGAUAUUUAUGACCCUUUCCACCCCACGGAUGAGGAGAACCCCCCCCCCGGCGCCGACUUUCCCUACGGAGCAUCCUCUUCCUCCCCCCCCAAAGAGGCCGAAGGGCACCAGGAUCAGAAGUACGAUCCCUUCGAUCCCACCGGCUCCAACCCCAGCUCGUCCCGCAGCAGCCCCAGCCCGGAGGAGGAGGAGGAAGAGGAGGAGGAGGAAGAAGAAGAAGAGGAGGAAGAGGAAGAGGAGGACGAGGAAGAGCCCCCCCGCCCCGACGUGUCCCACAGCAUCAGCCGCAUCUCCGAGACCUUGGCCGGGAUCUACGACGACAACAGCCUGAGCCAGGACUUUGAGAAGGAGCCGGAGCCGGAACCGGAGCCUCCGGCUUCCCAAAUCCCUCCCGGAGCCGACUCCACGCUCCCGGAAGAGGAAGAGGAGGAAGAGGAAGAAGAAGAGGAGGAGGAAGAGGAGGAAGAGGAAGCGGCCGCCCCGGCCUCGGGCAGCGUUCCGGAGCCGCGGCGCCGCGUCUUCGUGGUGGAUUUGGCCACUAAGAAGCACCCGGAAUGCGACGGGAAGCUGGAAGGGAAGUUAUCCCUGGAAGUGGUGGCCGCCGGCAACGCCAAAGCGCCGCCGCAGGGCGCCGCGUCCCGAGGGGCCAAGAGGCACCGGGCCCGGCGCGAGUGGGCCGCGAGCACCGGCGAUUCCGAGAUCGAGGAAGGGGAGAUCGUCCCGCACGAGGACGAGCGCUACAGCCCCCUGCGGCUAUUCCGGAGCUCGGGAAUCAGCUCCGGCUCCGGCCCCGGCGCCGCCUCCGGCCCCAUCCGAGCGCGGGCGCCGGAGCCGCGGGCGCCGCGGGUGCCGGAGGGGGACGAUUUCUUGUCUCUCCAUGCGGAUUCCGAUGAGGAAGGCGAUUUCGGAGCCGAGAACCAACCGGAUCCGCGCUGGAAAAGCACCGGCUCCGACCUGCGCCGCAAGAUCCUGAGCCAGCGGCGGCUCCGCGCCCCCCCCCUCGCCCCAUUCGCCAUCGGCCGCAUCCCGGAAGAAGCCCAAACGCUCCCGGGAACGCGGCUCCUCCGGCUCCGUGGGAUGGGAGGGAAGAAACCCCCCGAUCCGCCUCCCAAAUCCAAGGAGCGGCACCGGCGCCGCGGCUCCCGCUCCCGCUCCCGGCGGCGUUCCUGGUCCCGCGGGCGCCGUUCCCGCUCGCGGGAGAAGCGCCGGAGCCGGCGCUCGGGAAGCACCGCGCGGCGUUCCCGCCAUAAGGAAAAGCACCGCGGCGAGGGCGGGAAGAAGAAGAAGAAGCAGCAGCAGCGCUCCCGCUCCCGGGAACGCCGCUCGUCCCGCCGGGAAGCGCUGGAUUCCAAGGGCGACAAGAGCGCGGAAGCGGCGGCGCGGCGCCGGGAAGCGCGGCCCGUGGUGCCGCCAUCCAUCCAGGAGCUGAACGAUUCCGACCUCUUCGCCAUCAAAAGGACCAUCACGGUGAGCCGGAGGGAGGGAACGCCGGAGCCCGCCAAGCGGGAAGUGCUCUACGACUCCGAAGGGAUGAGCUUCGAGGGUUAUUCCGACCGGGAGCCUCCGGAAGCGCCGCUCCGGGCCGGGAAAGGGGAAGCGCGGCCGGCGGCGGAAGGCAAGAAGGAAAAGGAGCGGAAACGGAGCCGAUCCCAGGAGCAGCCGGGCCGGGAGAAGCACAAGAAGAAGUUCAAGGAGAACCCGGCUCCGGAUCCCGGGAAAGCGGAGAAGGAGAAGGCUCCGCGCAGCGACCGGGAUAAGGGCAGGAAGAGCAAGCGGGAAGGGCACCGGGAGAGCAGCGGGAACGCCGGCCGCAAGGUGAAGCUCCAAUCCAAGGUGUCCGUGCUCAUCCGGGAAGGCGUCACCUCCACCACGGUGCCCAAGGAAAGCGGCUCCGGCUCCAUCGGCUCCGGCUCCAUCGGCAUCAAGUUCACCCGCGAUGCCGAG